AUGGGUUCCUCAAGAUCAAUGCUUUUCUUCAUUAAUCUUGCUAUUAUUAUCUUAAACCUUGUUGCUCCCACCAUAGCCCAAGAUGAUGGAAUAUGCGCAUUUAGAGCUGAUUACUGCUGGAAAUGCUCUGAUACUGGCACCUACACAGCAGGUGACAAGUACCAAGAGAACCUCAAAGCCUCCUCUCUUCCUUCUCCUCCAGCACCCAAAACAAUUCCGGGUUUUACAGUUCAUCCAGGGGACAAGACCCCAACAAGAUCAAUGCAAUUGCAUUAUGCAGAGGAGAUCUCUCACGGGACUCUUGUCAGGCUUGUCUCAACAAGUCUACUGAUAUUCUCUUGCAAAAUUGUUCAACUCAAAAGGAAGCAAUCAUAUGGGCAGAGCGUUGUAUGUGACAGAGCUGCGUCAGGGAAUUCUCUUAAAAAAUUUGCAGCAGGGCAUGCAACUGUCCCUGGAGGUGAAACAAUAUACGCACUUGCUCAGUGCACUCCAGACAUAGACAAGCAAAAUUGCAGCAGUUGCCUUAAACAGUCCGUCACAGAAAUUCCAAUCUGUUGCGGUGGAAGGAAUGGAGGAAGAGUUCUUAGACCCAGCUGCAAUUUAAGGUAUGAGAAUAAUAGUUUCUUUGCGUCUGAGGACGAUUCGUCAGUAGAUAUUCCAGCUCCAGUUCCGGCAGCACCAGCACCUAAAGAAGUCACUAUUUUCAGCAGCAUAUGCUUUUUCUUCAGAGUAAAGAAACGAAGGGUAAAACUUGAACAAGAUGAGAAUUCGGAAGAAGUGAGUCUGGUGGAAUCGUUGCAAUACGAUUUUGAAACUAUAAGAUCUGCAACAGAUGACUUCUCUGAUGCAAAUAGCUUGGACAGGGGUAGGUUAGCGAAUGGAACAUAUAUAGCUGUGAAAAGGCUCUCUAAGAAUUCUGAACAAGGUGAUCGUGAAUUCAAAACUGAAGUCACGUUAGUUGCUCAACUUCAGCAUCGGAACUUAGUGAGGCUGCUAGGUUUUUGCUUGAAAGCAGGGGAAAGAAUCCUCAUUUAUGAAUAUGUGCCUAACACCAGCCUUAAUCACUUCAUUUUUGAUCCAAUCGAUCAAGCACAUUUGGAUUGGGAAACACGUUACAAAAUCAUAGGAGGCAUUGCUCGAGGGCUUCUUUACCUUCACGAAGAUUCUCGACUUCGAAUUAUUCACCGUGAUCUUAAACCUAGCAACAUUCUGUUGGAUGAAGAUAUGAAUCCUAAAAUUGCAGAUUUUGGCAUGGCAAGAUUGUUUAUGAUGGAUCAAACUCAAGGAGAUACUAACACAAUUGUGGGAACCUAUGGAUAUAUGGCUCCAGAGUAUGUAAUUCAUGGACGUUUUUCAGUCAAGUCGGACGUCUUUAGUUUUGGCGUGUUAGUUCUUGAAAUCUUAAGUGGUAAAAGGAUUAGCAGUUUUCAAAAUGGAGAGAAUGAGGAGAAUCUUUUAAGCUAUGCCUGGAGGAAUUGGAGGGAUGAUACAAUGGCAAAUAUCAUGGACCCAAAGCUGACGACAGGUUUAGGAUUGAAAUGA